AUGCUGUGGAAGCAAUUUGUAUAUCCACGAUCAGUCAUUGUUUGUCCACGAAACUGCAAUUCAUUGGUAUCAGUACGGACAAUACUACUAUCGUACUUUUACCGGCGAUCUCCUAUGUACUAUUAUUGUCGGCCAUAUCGAAGACCAAUAUUACCUUUUUUGGAUUCGGCCCGAUAUAUGCACGAUAGUUUCAGUAAAAAUCCGUCGACUUCAGCGGGUCUCAGAGUUACUAACGAAGAGAGAUUGCCAACCAAAGAGCAGCUAUUUUAUGUGGAUUUACUCACCGAUGUGUUGGUACCUGGAUUUUUAAGCAAUCACAAAGAGUUUUUUAAAUUUAUGAAGCUAUGUACCAAAGAUAUUGUCUACGAUGAUUCGAUUUUUAAUCAACAUACCCAAGGCAUAGAGAGAUUUGUAAGACGUGUUUCGCUCUCCAAGUUAUACUUCGGUGCAAUGCAAUCGGCCAGCAAGUUUGAGAAACUGGGAUCAUGUAUCUAUGAAAACAGUGAUGUCGUUGUAGUUCUUUGGCGGAUGAUGACCAUAAAAUUAUAUCAUCAGCAAACAGAUACCGUUGAAGGAGCGCUAGAUAUUCACCUUGAUGAGAAUGGACGUAUUUACAAAAUUAAUAACCGGCCAAUAACUCGGAAUGACAAUGAAGAUGCAUCUAUCCUAUCAAAAUUAAAAGAAAGUGCGAAAACUGGAAAUGGUGAAGCUUUAGUAACAACAGUACAAAUGCGAACGAUAUUGCGAUAUUUGCUCCAUCUUGCUGCUCCCUCUUCUACUUAUUUUUUAGUUUCACGUGCUUAUAAUAAUGGAAAAGGUAGCAGAGGACCGGAAAUGUUUCAGUUGGAGCAUGUACGGAAAAGAAUAGAAAUGACGGCUCCACAAUUCUUUCGGGAGCGACCUGAUUAUACAUUUUACAGGCCGGAUGUGGUAUACAGGGAUGAGAUUUUUCAUAUGACUAUUAUGGGUCGAGACAAACUCAUGGCCUAUUUCGGUUCAAUUAGUGUAAUAUGUCUAUUUUGUUUUCCUCAUAUAGAGAUGGAGGUUUUGAAUAUUUUACCGAUCUCAGAAGAUGGAACAGUACGAUUAAGAUGGCGUAUAAAACACAUCUCAUUUAUACGAUCCUUAUUGAAUCCUAUGCUGUUUAAGUAUGAAUACCGUAUCAAAAGGUUGAAAUGGUACGAUGGUCUCACAGUAUUUUACGUUGGUGAAGAUGGACUUGUAUAUCGAGUGGUUACACGUAGAACUAUUGACGAUGAACAAAAGAGUCCACAGGCAAAUCGACUUGCUGAUUUAGCGCAAAAAGUUGGUGUACUACCGAAAGGUUCCACAGCAUUUGUAACCAACUCUGUGCGAAAUGACGCAUUGCUUGCUAAACAGGUUCCGAAGUAG